AUGACUGAAGAGAAUCCCAAGAAGAAGGCAAAACUUUCUGAUGAUUCUGACUCAUCGAAUGAACGUAUUUCUGAUUCCGACAAGUCUUUUGAAGGAGGAUUCGAUCUUGCAAAUAGACACCAUACAACAUCAGAAGACGCAAGGCAACUUGAAGAGGGAGGGGUGAACCCAUUCAAUGGAAGGAACUUCAGCAAUUCAUAUGUCAAAAUUUUAAAGGUUAGGAGGGAUCUUCCUGUUCAUCAGCAAAGAGAUGACUUUUUAAAAAUGUUUCACUCUAGUCAGAUUUUAGUUCUCGUUGGUGAGACCGGUUCAGGUAAGACCACACAGGUUCCACAGUUCGUUUUGUAUGACGAUAUGCCAAAUCUUGUUGGAAAGCAGGUUGGAAUCACACAGCCAAGAAGGGUUGCUGCUAUGUCUGUCGCUGCAAGAGUGGCAGAUGAGAUGGAUGUUGGAUUGGGCGAAGAGGUCGGUUACAGCAUUCGUUUUGAGAACAAAACAUCUGAUCGAACAAUCCUCAAGUAUAUGACCGACGGAAUGCUUUUAAGGGAAGCCAUGGAAGAUCAUGAUUUGAAUAAAUACUCCUGCAUCAUUCUUGAUGAAGCGCAUGAGAGGACCUUGCAACAGAUAUCUUAA